UAAUGUCAACUUUACGUCAUUUGCGGCGUCCAAUAGCAUCUAAAUGUUAAACGUUCGUUUGUAUUUGAUUGGAGAGCUCGGUGCUGCGUUAACGUAAACGGAGAUUAGUUAAUGCAAGUCUUGAAUCCUUUACAGUCUGAUUCUCACAUCGAUAAAUAGUCUCUUAUCUGUAGUAUGUGUUGAUUUUCCAGUCGUAAACAGUCAUGGUAGAGCCAACAGCACACUCAUUUCCAUCCCUGAAAGAGGAGCUGGAAUACUGGAAAGAACAAGCACAAAAACACCAGCAAAGGGCGGACGAGGCUCAGGAAGAGCUGCAGGAAUUCCAGCAGAUGAGUCGAGACUAUGAGGCAGAGCUGGAAACGGAGUUAAAGCAGUGUGAAGGUCGGAACAAAGAACUGCUGCUGGAUAACAACAGACUCCGUAUGGAACUAGAAAGCAUAAAGGAGAAAUUCGAGGCGCAGCAUUCAGAGGCCUUCAGGCACAUCUCAACACUGGAGGACGAUCUGGCCGAGACCAAGGCGGUCAGAGAUCAUCUGCAGAAGUACAUCAGGGAGCUAGAACAGUCCAAUGAUGACCUAGAGAGGACUAAAAGGGCUACCAUCAUGUCUCUGGAGGACUUCGAGCAGCGGAUGAACCAGGUCAUCGAGAGGAACGCUUUUCUGGAAAGCGAGCUGGACGAGAAGGAGAACCUGCUGGAGUCCGUUCAGAGACUUAAGGAUGAAGCCAGAGACCUCCGCCAGGAGCUGGCCGUCCGUCAGAAGGAGAGACGGCCGUCCAGCAGCCUGGGCAAAGACUCAGACCGUUCGGAGAUGCUGUGCUCCUCUCCGCCCAAUCCGUCCAUCCCCAUCACGCCCUCCAAACCCGUGGGCUCGUACAUGACGCCUCCUGCCUCCAGCAUCCGCAGGGGAGACGGUCUAACGGGAACCCCUCUGACUACAUCUGCUAGAAUAUCUGCACUGAACAUUGUCGGAGAGCUGCUGAGAAAAGUUGGGAAUUUGGAGUCGAAGCUUGCGUCGUGUCGAGACUUUGUCUACGAGACGUCCUCCAACAGACCGGCGCUCCCCGCCGGGCCCUGCAGCCCUUCAGGUUUAGACGCAGGUCCUGAGGUCCAGGCCAGCAGCUUCAGCCCUCCUCCUCAGUACGACAGUCUGGUGAAGCGGUUAGAGUUCGGACCGGCUCCUCCCAGAGUGGUAUCCCACAGUCCCCAGUCUCCGCAGGGAGGGGUGAAGAUUCUGCUGUAAGAUGGUCCUACAGAAGCCGGUACUCUGAGCUCAGCUUGUCUGCCCUAGUUGAACAGAGAGAGCGCCGUUCUUGGAUCAGGAGAAAGCAGAGUGACUCCGCCCAUCAGCGCAUGGACUCCUGCUGCCUUAGGCUCAACAUAUAACCACAGAAAGCUGCUCCAUGUUCUUAAUGAGCCCACCGCUCAUCUCUUCCACUCUUAUCUACGCUGCCUUCUGUGUCGACACUUUCUGUGACGGAUCAAAGCACACCCGACUCUGACUUGGUAAAGCCGCUGCGCCUGCCUAUCGAUCGCGACCUACACGGGGGCAGGGGGGCGAAGAGCGACCGCGACUACAGGGAGAUGAGCCUGGUACAGGGACCAAGAACCUGAACUUGGGUUUUAGCUAACGUGUUUCUGACCAAACUGAAGCUGUGAUUAAACAUAAAUGGAUAUAAAUCCAUUGGGUUGGGUUUUUAUUUUUUGAAAAAAAAUAAGUUAAAAUAUCUAUCCUUAAUACUUAAUCUGGUUUAUUCCAACCUGCUUCCAUUUCAUACCCAUAAAACCAUUACUGUACCUUUUUUUAUUGAAUUAAAUAUAAGUAAAUGCUCAAAUGACACUUUUUUUUCUGAAGACCUUAGAUUUGCACCCUCUUUCUAUUGAUUUGUGAUCAUAAAUCAGUGGAAUCAAUAAAAGCCCCAGAGUAACCUCCUUCCAGUACAUUAAUUAUUAUUCACACAACCACAUUUCCUUUCAGCAGACGACGGCUAAUUACCGGUAAUUUAUUGUGAAUAACCAAAAAAUAUGAAAUGGUAAGGGUAGCAGCAUUUGAACUAUGAUAGAAUAAUUUUAUUUUGAUGCAUUUCUUUUAAAUUUUGUCUGUCACCAUUUUCAGUAAAACAUAAGGCAAUAAUUGAGAGGACGUAUGUCGUUCUCACGGGCAACAAUACCAGAUUCAUGAUAUUGACACAAGACUUGAUAGUGUAAUAUAAAUAUAUAUAUUUCCUACAGCUGUGUAUAUUUUUUGGCUGGAAAUUUUUCCUAAGAGAAAUUAUUUUUUCUUUUAAACUAGGGAUGCGGUACGCGGCUCCUUUCAGACAGCUGGUUGGCAGUGUGCAGCAGCAGCACUUCGUACACUUAAAAAAAACAACCUUUUAACCCUUUUAUUGCCCAGAUUUAUUUGCAAAUGUAUAAAGGCACAAAUUGUUUUUUUUUCUUAAUUAGCAUAAUUUGGUAGAAUUUGUUAAAGUGGCUUCAGUGAGUGUUGAAUGAGCAUCCAAAGGCAGAAGUGGAAUAUUAUUUCCGACAUUGCUAGAUGUAGCUUGAAACAGCUUCAAUGGUCUAUAAGGUGGUGGCGCUUAGUAUGGAUCAGCUUCUGUUAAGGUCUGCAGAGGUUUUAAAAAGAUUUAAGAUUUAUAAGAACCCAUAAAUCUUUCAUUGUUCCUGUGGUUUAAAAUCUCUUUAAUCACACAUAUGAGAAAGUGAGUUUUUUUUUUUUUUUUCCUUCCAUCUGUAACAAUGCCCCCUCCUCCAACUAUUGCUGCACACUGCUGGUCAGGAAGCUGGAAAAAAAAAAGGAAAGGCCAGUGCGUUUUUUCUCAUAUUUCCAGAAAAGACUAAUUUGACUUCUUCCCGUCAGUAUGUCGACUCCUUUCAUUACUUUGUCUUCUAAUGUGAGAAAAAAUAUUGAGCUUUUGACAGAUGCAAUUUAGUAUCUUGCAGAUUUACGCAUUUCUGCAAAAUCUAUGCUGUUACAGAUUUUCAGGCAAUUAUAGCGUUUAACUUGGCACCCAUGCAUUUCUGAAUGUACAGGUCUUUUGAGCAUCGAGGGUUAUGUUUAGGGGGAGAAAAGAAAAGUACAGGUAAUAUAUUUAAGUUUUAAAAUGAGCACAGUUCAUGAGGUUGUGUUACGUAAAGCCAAUAUUUGACAUUGUAUUUUUAACGGGACAGUGUAUAAGGAAAUGUUUGCCUGUAAACUGAAAAAUCUUAGUUUUCGAUUUCAUCUCAUGUUUGUUCAUACAUUGCUUUUUGAAUGCGUUUUUUUUCUUUUUAAAUAAAAGAGAUCUGAUUGGGAUUUAAGCUGUGACAAAACUACAGAUGCCUGAAUGUAGUUACUGCAAUUGAAAGGAAAUUCUCAAAAAUUUAGUUUUCGGUCUAACAGUUCUGAUAUGUUUAAGUAACAAAAUAAAGAUUCUUAAAUACACCGUCAGCUUCUUCAUUAUGAAAAAGUGCAUACAAGGAUUACCUGGAAAACAGGAAUUUGUGAGUAUUUCACACUUUAGGAUAUUAGUUUGUACAGUGGGAGCAUAAAUCAGAAGCACUCAAGUCAAAUGCCAGGUUAUGUUUCCUUAAGUUGAGUUUUAGUCAUUUUAGAUUUCAUGUAGCUCUUUAACAUGCAGAUACCCCGUCAAUACUGUGAUCAAUAAGCUCAACAAGCAAAUUACAUCAUUGCAAGAACCAACAUAUUAUGGAAGAUGUCCUAUUCUACUGCUGAAUUAUUUCACCAACGUAUUUUUUCAUCAAUAUACUUGAAACAAGCUCCUAUUUGCUUGCAAGUUAAUUUUGUGCCAAGAUAUUUGCACUUGAAGCAAAACCUUAAACACCAAAAUAAGAUUUUGUGUUUUUGCAGCGAUGUGUUCUCCAGAGACUUGCUUAACGACCCAUUAUUUAAAGAAAUAAAUUAUCAGGGAAACGACUCAAACUGUCCUGAUGUAUUAGACCUGCCCACGUUCACCUUUCAUUCAAGCCUGCUUACAGUUGGCAUGUUAAGUUGAAAUAAAAUAAAUAAAACUCGAUUUUUUUAGCUCUUUAUUUUUGUGCAAGUGGUUCAACAAUUAAAGAAUACAACAAAGUGUCAUGUAAACAGUAGCUGAUUAUAUCGAAUGAGAAUUAGUUUAAAUGUGACUGGAGGAGAAUUGUAGAACAUGUACAUUUGAACAAAUGGAAAAUAAAAAAUGUGCCCAGUGCCAUAUAAACAUGUGGUUCAUGACUGAUUUUAUAGGAGAUAAACCUCGUCUGUCCUCUAGGGGGCAGAAUCAUGAGCACAACAGAGCACAAAGAAAGGUGCAAAUAAUGUCAAAAAAAAGUGGCUUUAAAAACUCUGGGUUAAAUAUUUGAUGGGAUAUAAAAGUCAGCACUGACUGGACGCAGAAAGACUAAACUCUGCAUGCACAUCCAAUCUGAACCCAUUUCAGUGCUGCUGGAACAGUAACAGCAGUCACAGGCAACAGGACGACAGGAGUUACACGCCUGCUUUAGAUUUUAAGUGGGUGUCGAUUAAAAGGCAUUUCUGUGUACAAAACAUUACACGAGGAGGAAUCAGACAUUCAGUGCAGUACAAAAAAAAAA